AUGUUUGAUAAUGAAGAUUCAACAUUACAAGAUGAUACUGGUCUACAAUAUGUAGAUUGUAUCCGAUUGAUUGAUGGUGGUCAACUUCAUAAAUUUGAAAGUUUAGUUAUGAAACAUGAUUUAAUUAAAAUGGAAACAACAACAAAUAAUAAACCACUUUUAUUUAAUGCUAUUGAACAUAAUGAUGAAAAUUUUGUUCGAUUACUGUUAGAAAUGGAAGUACCAUUAGAUAAAACUUAUGGAGUUAUGAUUCAAUCGUCUGAUUUAUCAAUGGAAUCUUCUAUUCCAAGUUUAGAAAAUCAACAUCACAUGAUAAAACGUUUAAUGAAUGCUCAUGAAUAUGCAUUAGAAUUAAAUCGGCCACAUUUAGCCAAUAUAAUAUGGAAAAAAAUGAAUUUACCAUCGUUCGAAGAACGAUAUCAAAAUACAAUUCGUACAAAUGAUAUAAGAAAAUGUGAUAAUUUUAUAAGAAAGAUAAGAAAUGAAAAACGACAAUAUGAACUAUGUAAAGAAGGAAUCUUUCUAGCAGCAUAUGCAGGUUCAGUUCGAUUAUUAGACUAUUUUCUUACUCGAUGGAAAAUCGAUAUAAAUAUUCAAAAACAAACUGAUGAUGGUUAUAUAACGACACCAAUACUAACAGCCAUAACAUCUAAUCAAAGUGAAGCAUCAAAAUUUUUAUUAUUUCGAGGAGCCGAUGGUAGUUUAAAAGGACAAUUUGAUAAUGCAUUAGUUACCGCUCUAAAUUAUAACAGUCAUACAGAUUUAAUACGUUUAUUACUUGAAAAAAAUGUUGAUUUAACAGCUCGACAUCCUAGUUAUCCAAAAUUAAGUUUAAGAGAUUAUUGUGUUAUAACCGAUCGUGUUAAAGCAAAAUGUGAAAUUGAUAAUUAUAUAGCCAAAUUAAUAUCAAAUGGUUCAUAUAAAAAAUUAAAAUAUUUAGUUGAUCAUGGUUAUACACAUUUAAAUGUUCGUCUCAAAGGAAAACGAGACGGUAGACAAUUAGCAAACGAAAGAUACUAUUCAAAUAUUGUUAAAUUAAUUGAUGACGUUGAAGAAGCAAAAGCGAGAGCAAGACAAAAAAUGAAUUAUUAA